CUGCACAGCGAUGAUGGGCCUCAUCGAGGGAAUUGAGAAGUUUGACAGUCCUGGAAAGGGACGAGGUCUCCGGGUUACCAAGCCCUUUAAAGUCGGGGAUCUCCUGUUUUCCAGCCCGGCGUACUCCUAUGUGCUGUCAGCCGAAGAGAGAGGCAGCCGCUGUGACUUCUGUUUCACCAGAAAAGAAGGCUUGGCAAGAUGUGGGAAGUGCAAGAAAGGUUUUUACUGCAAUGCAAAGUGCCAGAAAGGAGACUGGGCCAUGCACAAACUGGAGUGUUCAGCUAUAAUUGCGUUUGGAGAGAACUGGUGCCCAUCAGAGACGACCCGCCUGGUCGCUCGAAUCCUCGCCAAGAAGCAGAAAACUGUGAAAGAGCGAUGUGUCUCAGAGAAGAUGUUGCUUAUUGAAGAGCUUCAGUCACAUCUAGAGGAUGAAGACAAUGAAAAAAGAGAGCGAACCGAGGCUGACAUUGCUGGACUCCACCGAUUUUACCCCAAACAUUUGGAGGUGCCCGACCAGAAGGACUUGCUCACACUCUUUUCCCAGGUUGCCUGUAAUGGUUUUACAAUAGAAGAUGAUGAACUUUCCCACAUCGGUACAGCAGUCUAUCCAGACAUUGCACUCAUAAACCACAGCUGUCUUCCCAGCGUCAUAGUCACAUAUAAUGGUACAUCGGCUGAAGUCCGGGCGGUGCAGAACAUGAAUCCUGGAGAUGAAGUUCUCACCAGCUACAUAGACCUCCUUUAUCCAACAGAUGAUCGAAAUAACAGGCUGAGGGAGUGCUAUUACUUCACCUGUGACUGCCAGGAAUGCAAAUCCAAGUCCAGAGAUAAGGCAAAGUUGAAAGUGCGUAAGCAGAGAGACCCGGUCGAGCCCCAUGAGGUCAACAACAUGAUCCGCUACGCCAGGAACACUGUGAAGGAAUUCCGGGCCCUUAAGCAUGUCAAAUCUCCUGGUGAGCUGUUGGAGAUGUGUGAGCAGAGCUUGGAGAAAAUGGGAGCCGUGUUUGAUGACUCCAAUGUCUACAUGCUCCACAUGAUGUACCAGGCCAUGGGGGUUUGCAUCUACAUGCAGGACGCAGAUGGAGCUAUCCGAUACGGCGAGAAGAUCCUCAAACCUUACAGCAAGCUGUAUCCCCCCUACUCAUUAAACGUGUCCUCCAUGUACCUGAAGAUGGGCAGGAUCUACAUGAUGAUGGAGAAGCACUCAGAGGGCAUCAGUGCUCUCAAGAAGGCAAUGGCUGUAAUGGAGGUGGCUCAUGGAAGGAAUCACCCUUUCCUCAGAGACUUGCGUAAAGAGAUUGGACAAAAGUGAAGACAACUUCAUCACUGGCUUGAGCAAACUUUACAGACCUGUGAAAUGUUUUUUUUUGUUGUUGUUGUUUUUUACUUUGCUCAUAAAGGAUUUUCUUAAUUUUUUUUCUAAGUAAUGGGGGGGGGGAAUUUUGUUUCCUGCAGCUAUUUAAAGUUCAGUUUGAUGUCAUUGUAAGGAUAAAGAAAGUCUUUUUAGCACUCUGAUUCCACCAGAGUGAAAUUGUUUACAAAUGCGCUUAAUAAUAAUAAACCGCUUCCAACCACAAGAGAGACGUUCAAGUAUCUCAGUCAGUCCAAGCAGGGACUUCUCAUCAGAAUUUUCAUUAAAUGCUGGCCAUUUCCCAUGACCACAUUAGAAGUGUAGACUUUACAAGCGCCAUGUUUUUUUGUUUUUUUUUUUCAAAUAAAUGCACAUUAUUUUUGUUGCAAAUGGAUUGACAGGGGAAUGCUCUGCUAAUGUGAGGCUGCAGAUGAGGACAACACUUGCGGUCAUGCAUGAACCACCACUGCUUCUCAUGAUCAGAACGUCUAAGGCAACAAAUAAUGUAAUAAGUAUUUUCUCUUUUUCCCAUUUUAAA